AUUUGCUGAUGGAUCUUCGAACUACACGUGUGCUGGUUGCACCUACGUUUCGAAUGUUACUGGUGGAGUGUGUCCAGGUUCGGGGUGA